UCUCUCUCUUCUUCUCUGUACUCUGUUCCAUUCUCUUUCUAAAAAGUUAACAAUGGAGGAUGAAGAAGGACUUGAUUCCUGCAUCCAUACUGCUAUGCAUUCCUUCCGUCAUUUCGCAUAUCUUCAACUUCUCUCUCUUCCACAAAGCUGCUGAUCUUCUUCUUCUUCUGCAGUCACUCUCGGUCCAGAAGUUUGCAUGAUUUUGGCUAUUAACACAUAGCAUUUGGGAGUAUAUGCUGGAGCCAGUCCUUCUUCCUGAUUGUUGAUAGCAAGAUGGAGCAGUACGAAGUAUUAGAGCAAAUUGGAAAAGGGGCAUUUGGUUCUGCCCAUCUUGUGAGGCACAAACAUGAAAAAAAGAAGUAUGUGCUGAAAAAAAUUCGCCUGGCUCGUCAAACUGAUAGAAGCCGUAGAUCUGCACAUCAAGAGAUGGAACUUAUAUCCAAGAUGCGGAAUCCAUUCAUCGUGGAAUAUAAAGAUUCUUGGGUAGAAAAGGGCUGCUAUGUCUGCAUUAUCAUAGGCUACUGUGAAGGAGGAGACAUGGCAGAAGCAGUAAAGAGAGCUAAUGGUCUGCUUUUCCCCGAGGAGAAGCUGUGUAAAUGGCUUGUGCAACUGCUAAUGGCACUUGAGUAUUUACAUGCAAGUCAUAUUCUUCAUCGCGAUGUUAAGUGCUCAAAUAUAUUUUUGACCAAAGAACAAGAUAUACGCCUUGGUGAUUUUGGACUUGCCAAGAUGUUAACCUCAGAUGAUCUUGCUUCCUCCGUUGUGGGCACUCCAAGCUAUAUGUGCCCUGAGCUUCUUGCUGACAUACCUUAUGGAUCUAAAUCAGAUAUUUGGUCUUUAGGAUGUUGCCUAUAUGAAAUGGCUGGUCAGAGGCCUGCUUUUAAAGCAUUUGACAUGCAAGCACUGAUCAACAAAAUUAAUAAGUCUAUUGUGUCUCCACUACCAACUAAAUACUCGGCUGAAUUCCGAGGCCUCAUCAAAAGCAUGCUACGGAAAAAUCCAGAACUACGACCAAGUGCGUCAGAACUUCUGUGUCAUCCUCGCCUGCAACCUCAUGUUGCUAAGGUUCAUCAGAAGCUUAAUAACCCAAGGCGCACCAGUAUACCAGUCAGCUGGUCUGAAACCAAGAAAGCUAGAUUUAUGGAACCUGUAACGAGUUCUCUUCACACAUAUAAAGCGAAACGAUAUUCAUAUGGAAAUGAUAGAGCUCUUAAUCCAAGUAUAUCUGGAACAGACCAAGAUUCCCCUUUCUCAACUAGGAGAGCUCAAAAUACAAAAAACUUGAGCAGACGGAUGGAGCAACUGUCCAUAGGAAGCAGUAAUAUGCCUCCAAAGACUCCUCAUGUUGCUGCAAUCUCACAGUUCACUCCGAAGAAAACUUCUUACUCUUCAAACAGGCGAAAUGGAGUGUCAAGCGAUCGCGAAUCUUUUCAAACUCCAGCAAGCUCGGUUGCCACAAAUCGUAGGGCAUCCUUUCCACUGUCAGUUUGUAAAGCUUCAUCGAGGCCUAAUACGAGUAUGCUUGAGUCCAUAGCAUCUCCGGAUGUUUCAGUGAAUUCACCUAGAAUUGAUAGAAUAGCUGAAUUCACAUUGGGCUCAUAUGAAAGCCCUUAUCUUGUGCUGCCUGCACCUAAAACUUCAUCGACAUCUGCACAAGGAGGAGGGUCUUCUUCUAUGUCUCCACAACAAGUUGAGCAUCCAAUUAUGAAAGACAAAUGUACAACAGCUGAAAUUAGUGGCUGGCAAUGCAAGACUGAAUUGGAUGGAAGCGAGCAUUCGGAUCAAAAUGCAACCGCUGGGGGGGCAUCGAGCGGCGGAACCUCAUCCUCUAACCAAAGACGUAGGCGAUUCGACACUUCAUCUAUCAAGCAAAGGGCUGAGGCUCUAGAAGGAUUACUUGAAUUUAGUGCAAGACUGAUGCACGAGGAGAGGUUGGAUGAACUGAGUGUUUUACUGAAGCCAUUUGGUCCUGGGAAAGCAUCCCCUAGGGAAACUGCUAUCUGGUUGACAAAGAGCUUCAAGGAGAACAACACUCUCAAAUAAUAAGCACAAUAUCACUUCACUUCAAUUAGAAGGUUUUAGACUUAGCCACUUAUGCACUAAUUGAUACAAUGAAUGAGCUUCACUUCUUUUUUUAAUUUUAUAUAUAUUUGAACCACUUAUUAUGAACUUUUUCUGUUGUAUGAUGGACAGAAUUAGGUUGGGUUACUAAUCUAGAUUAGCAGAUGUGAAAGGACCUGAUGUUUUUUAUUAAAUAUAUCUCAGGAUUGUUAAUUUGCAGUUUUUUUCUU